AGGCUGGCCCAGCCAGCGUGGAGCGGCAGGCUGCGGAUCACGGCCAAGGGCAAGACCGCGUUCAUUAAGCUGGAGGACAAGACCUCAGGAGAACUUUUUGCCCAGGCGCCGGUGGAGCAGUUCCCUGGCAUCGCUGUGGAGGGCGUGACGGACUCCAGCAGAUACUUCGUCAUCCGCAUCGAAGACGGGAACGGGCGCCGAGCUUUCAUUGGAGUCGGUUUUGUCGACCGAGGGGAUGCUUUUGACUUCAAUGUGGCUCUCCAAGACCAUUUUAAAUGGGUGAGGCAGCAGAGCGAGCUGGCCAGACAGGCUGAGAACCCCACUCAGGGACCCAAACUGGAUCUGGGCUUCAAGGAGGGGCAAACCAUCAAGCUCAACAUUGCGAAUAUGAAGAAAAAAGAAGGAACAACGGGGAACACCAGACCACGUCCCACGAGUCUUGGGGGCCUGAGUUUGCUCCCACCACCUCCCAGUGGAAAAAAUUCUGCUCCGGUUUGUCCUGGAGAGCGACCGUCUUCGCUCUCAGUGCCCACCCAGCUCCCAGGCACCCCCAUCACAGACUCCCUCUUGUCCUGGCCGCAGCCCGCUGCUGCUCCCUCUGCCGCUGCCACCGACGUCUGGGGAGACUUUGCCAAAGCUUCGGGAUCAGCUUCUACCCAGACUCAGGCGAAUGCUGGCUGGGUUCAGUUCUGA